CAGGUUGAUGUUUUGUGGGAUCCGCAGAAUCUUUUCCAAACCGUUAUUUCAGUCUGUGGAACAACUUUUCCAGUUACAGAAUUCUCGAAAACUAACCUCGAAGAUGGCUUUCCAGUAUCCGCAUUCUUACCGCGAUGAAGCAGUCGUGGAAGACUACCAUGGCCACAAGGUACUCGAUCCAUACAGUUGGCUGGAGGAUCCGGACAGCGAAAAGACACAGGCUUUUGUCAAUACUCAGAACCAGCUGACAUUGCCAUUUCUGGAGCGCUGUGAGGUGCGUGACCUGUUCAAGGAGCGAAUGACAGAGCUUUAUGACUACCCCAAAUACAGCUGCCCUUUCAAGAGGGGAAGCAGGUACUUUCACUUCUACAACACGGGCCUCCAGAACCAGAGUGUGAUGUACGUGCAGGAGAGCUUGGAUGCAGAGCCCACCGUCUUCUUGGAUCCAAAUACUUUCUCUGAUGACGGGACUGUUGCCCUGCAAGGUUAUGCAUUCUCUGAGGAUGGGGAGUACCUGGCAUACGGCACCAGUGCCAGCGGCUCCGAUUGGGUGGAAAUCCGCUUCCUGCGAGUUGAAGGGGCGGUGCCCCUUGAGGAUCGCCUGGAGCAUGUCAAAUUCAGCUGCAUGUCAUGGACCCACGAUGGGAAAGGCCUUUUCUACAACUCCUACCCUGAUCAAGAGGGCAAGAGUGAUGGCACCGAGACCUCCACCAACCUCCACCAGAAGCUGUACUUCCAUGUGCUUGGCACUCCCCAGUCUCAAGACUGUCUGUGCGCAGAGUUCCCUGAACACCCGAAGUGGAUGAGCGGAGCAGAGGUAUCAGAUGAUGGGCGCUAUGUUUUGCUAUCCAUCAGGGAGGGUUGUGAUCCCGUCAACAGACUGUGGUAUUGUGACCUCCAGACUACUCCACAGGGUGUCACAGGGCUUCUGCCAUGGGUAAAGCUGAUUGACAACUUCGAUGCCGAGUACGAGUACGUGACCAAUGAGGGCACGGUGUUCACCUUCAAGACCAACCUGGAUGCACCACGCUACCGCCUCAUCAAUAUCGACUUUGCUGCCCCGUCCCAGGGCAACUGGAAGGAGCUCAUCCCCCAGCAUGACAAGGACGUCAUUGUGUUCGCCACCUGUACAUACUCCAGCUACCUGUUUGUGUGCUUCCUUCAUGACGUGAAGAACGUGCUGAAGAUGUACCGUCUGAGCACGGGGGAGGAGCUGAGGACAUUCGCCCUGGAUGUGGGCUCCGUGGUGGGCUUUACGGGUCGGCGGAGGGACUCUGAGAUCUUCUACUACUUCACUUCCUUCCUCUCCCCAGCCAUCAUUUACCACUGUGACCUGACCAAGGAGCCCCUGCAGCCUCAUGUGUUCAGAGAGGUCACUGUCAAAGGCUUCAACCCAUCCGACUACCAGACCACCCAGGUCUUUUACCCCAGUAAGGACGGCACUCAGAUCCCCAUGUUCAUUGUCCACAAAAAGGGUAUCAAGUUGGACGGCUCGCAUCCGGCUUUCUUGUACGGCUACGGAGGCUUCAACAUCUCCAUCACCCCCAGCUACAGUGUGUCACGGCUCAUCUUUGUUAGACACCUGGGGGGUGUCCUGGCUGUCGCCAACAUCCGGGGAGGGGGGGAGUACGGAGAGACUUGGCACAAAGCUGGCAUGUUGGCCAACAAGCAGAACUGCUUCACGGACUUCCAAUGUGCAGCUGAGUAUCUCAUCAAAGAGGGCUACACCUCUCCAUCCAAACUCACCAUCAAUGGAGGCUCCAAUGGUGGCCUGCUUGUUGCUGCCUGUGUGAACCAGCGGCCUGAGCUGUUUGGCUGUGCAGUAGCCCAGGUCGGCGUCAUGGACAUGCUGAAAUUCCACAAGUUCACCAUCGGCCAUGCAUGGACCACUGACUUUGGCUGCUCUGAAAUCAAAGAGCAGUUUGAAUGGCUCAUUAAGUACUCACCCCUCCACAACAUUCGCGUGCCAGAGGGCGAUGGGGUUCAGUACCCAUCAGUGCUCCUCCUAACAGGGGACCAUGACGAUCGGGUGGUGCCCCUCCACUCCCUCAAAUACAUUGCCACGCUGCAGUACAUCGUGGGGCGUAGUCCCAAGCAGACCAACCCCCUGUUCAUCCAUGUGGACACAAAGUCAGGCCACGGUGCCGGCAAGCCCACCAGCAAGGUUAUCCAGGAGGUGGCAGAUACAUAUGCCUUCAUUGCUCGCUGCCUCAGCAUUUCCUGGGUUGAAUAACACCACCGCCUCAGCCUCCACCUGCUCCAUUACAUAUCUUCGUCACACCUCUCUAUUUGAUUUGUUUCUUAUUUUUUUUCUUACUGAAGCCUUGUUGACUACUCUCCCCUCAUCCUUUACUGAAAUUGUCUUUCGAAAAAUAUUACAAGCGUACACAUCCAGUUUCUCCAUCUGUGCACACACGGAUGAGCCAAAACAUUAUGACCACUCACGGGUGAACCGAAUAAUUCUGAUCAUCUCCAAACAAGGGCAAAUGUCAAGUUCUGGGUAGAUUAGAUAGUAAGCGAACAAUCAGUUCUCAUAAAGACCUGAGUGACUUUGACAAGGGCCAAAUUGUUAUGCCCAGACGACUGGGUCAAUGCAUCUCUGAAACGGCAAGGCUUGUGGGGUGCUCCCGGUCAGCAGUGGCGAGUACCUACCGACAGUGGUCCAAGGAGGGACAAACCACAAACCGGCGACAGGGUGUUGGGCGCCCAAUGCUCAUCAAUGCAUGAGGACAACGAAGGCUAUCCUGUCUGGUUUGAACUGACUGAAGGUCCACUGUCGCACAAGUCACAGAAUAUUUUAAUGAUAGUUAUGGGAGGCACCCUGCUGCGUAUGGGGCCGGUCCAUGGCAGCUCCAUCUCGCAACUUACGGGACUUGAAGGAUCUGCUGCUACUGUUUUGGUGCCAGAUCCCACAGGACACCGUCAGUGGUCUUGGGGAGUUCAUGCCUUGGCACAGUUUUGGCGGCACACGGAGGACCAGCAGCAUAUUAGGCAGGUGGUCAUAAAGUUUUGGCUCAUCAGUGUGUAAGUUUUUAAUGAACACAUAAAUUAACUUUUGUUUACGUGACCACAGCCUCGCCCCUCGUCUUCCCUCCGCUGUCUGUAGUUGUCCCCCUCUACUCCACGAGGCCCUUUUUCCGGUGGAGCAGGCUCUCUUUCUGCUGUGCUUUUUUUUUUUUUUAAACAACACUCUUAGCCAGCACUUAACACUAACCAAACCCUCCCUUUUCACUUACGUGCUGUCCCCCGCCGUUCCCCGAGUAUUGAAUUCUUAUGAAUUGGAGAAUGAUUUUAUUAUCCCCGCGGUGGGGCUUUACUGGGAGGGCUAUGUCACCUUUACUGUAAUCGGCCAUCAUAGUCAAGAGGUUCAUGUGGGGAAAGGUCAACUGAAGGUCAUGAGAAAAGUAAUCGGUGCUCCCACAUGUGGAGGUUUCUUUUCAUUGGAGCACAUCGUAGAGGCUGCUGGGCACUGAUUGAUUCAGCAUGUAAAAAUUCAAGUAGAAACAGUAUUGUACAAAUGAUACUACGAGCUGCGUGUUACUGAGAUGAGUGUUGAAAGGUGCGAAUAGUUUUGUGUGUAUGUGUGUGUGCGUGCGCAAGUGUCAGUGCGUGAACAUCUAUAUUUAAAUGUCAUUACCCACAUCUUUUGGACUGAUCUUGAUUUCUACCUCUUGACAUGUGCUGAUUGUUUUACCUUUUAAAGGAAAAAAGCAACACUUAAAACAAUGCCACAACUUCAAUAAACAGUUUUUGA